CUCAUUAUGGCCGUUUGUUAACUAACAUCUCUAUCAAAGAUUAAUAAAAAAUUUUUAUCUUUGUACAUUUUUAAUUUAUUCAUAAGUACAAAUAUAUUAAAAAGAUUCAAGAAAAUAAAUGUGUAAUUGUAUUUAUUUCGAAUUUACAUGCAGUAAUUUUGUGGGAUUUUAUCGCAAAUGAGCUCUCAUCAUCAUUUAAACCCUCCUUCUGGAGAAGUCGUGCACAUUAACCACCUUUCUGAAAACAUUGGUGCUUUAUAUUUAUCUGAUGACUAUUCUGAUGUUACAUUAAUUGUCGCUGGUCAAAGAUUCAAUGGGCAUAAAGUUAUUUUGGCUGCUAGAAGUCAAUAUUUUCGUGCUCUUUUAUACGGUGGUCUCAAAGAAUCUGUUCAACAAGAAAUCGAGCUUAAAGGCACGACAUUACCUGCUUUCAAAGAACUUCUUAAGUAUAUUUAUACAGGCCACCUAUCUUUAGUUAACCAACGAGAAGAGACUAUUUUAGACAUCUUAGGAUUAGCAAAUCAGUAUGGAUUUACGGAUCUCGAGAUGGCAAUAUCAGAUUAUCUUAAAGAAAUAUUGAAUAUUAAAAAUAUUUGUCUCAUUUUUGAUGCUACACGCUUAUAUCAACUAACCAGAUUAACAAAAGUUUGUCAUGAAUAUAUGGAUAAACAUGCAUACGAUAUUAUAAAACAUGAAAGUUUUCUUCAACUUAGUUCGGGAGCAUUGACUGAAUUAAUAUCUCGAGAUUCAUUUUACGCUCCGGAAAUUGACAUAUUUCUCGCUGUAGAAGCAUGGGUAAAAGCAAACCCGGAAAUUGAUAGUAGUCAAGUAUUAGGUCAAGUACGUCUGUGCUUAAUUGCAAUUACAGAUCUAUUGAAUAUUGUACGUCCUACUGGUCUUGUUUCACCAGAAGCUAUUUUAGAUGCAAUAGCUGCCCGUACUCACACCAGAGAUUCUGAGCUUAUUUAUCGAGGUCGUUUGUUAGUUGAUGAAAAUGUUGCUCAUCCAAGAUAUGGUGCUCAAGUAUUACAGGGAGAAAUGAGGGGUUUUCUACUUGAUGGAGAUACUAAUAAUUACGAUAUGGAACGAGGAUAUACGAGGCAUAUUAUCACAGAAUUAAAGGAUCAUGGCAUUCUAAUAAAAUUAGGUACUCAAAGUAUUAUCAAUCAUAUCAAAAUGUUAUUAUGGGAUCGUGAUGUACGCUCCUAUUCUUAUUAUAUUGAGGUUUCAAUUGAUCAAAAAGAUUGGGUGAAAGUGAUAGAUUAUUCCAAUUAUUUUUGUCGUAGUUGGCAAUAUUUAUACUUUGAACCACGUGUUGUUCUCUACAUACGAAUUGUUGGAACACAUAAUACUGUUAACAAAGUGUUUCAUGUAGUAAGUUUUGAAGCUUACUAUACAAAUCAUUCAGAAACUUUGUCGAAUGGUUUUAUUGUUCCAACUCAAAAUGUGGCUACAAUUGAUCGUAGUGCAUGUGUGAUAGAAGGAGUUAGUAGAUCUAGGAGUGUACUUUUGAAUGGCGAUACGACUAAUUAUGAUUGGGACAGUGGUUAUACUUGCCAUCAACUUGGUUCUGGGUGCAUUCUUGUUCAACUUGGACAACCUUAUAUCAUUGGCACAAUGCGAUUAUUACUUUGGGACUGUGAUGAUCGUUCAUACUCAUAUUACAUAGAAGUCUCAAAAAAUUCAUGGCAUUGGGAUCGUGUGAUCGAUAAAAGUAAUGAACAAUGUCGUUCUUGGCAAACAUUACGUUUUCAUCCACCUCGGCCAAUCGUUUACAUUCGAAUUGUUGGAACACAUAAUACAGCUAAUGAAGUUUUUCAUUGUGUUCAUUUCGAGUGCCCCGUGAGACCUAGUGAAAUAGAAAAUGAUACUAAGUUAUCUACUACACAGGGAAAAAAACAAUCCUCAAGUCAGACAAUUAACACAGAAUCUCCAGAACGUUUGUCAUUAGAAUUAAUGAAUGAAGAAAGAUGGGCAGCUGAAGAUGCUGUAGAACAUCAUGAUAACAGUUCUGUAAAUAAUGACACAGUUUCUCCUGAUUUAUUACAGUGAAGAUUAUUAUUAUUGAAAAAAUUUUUAUAAAACUUGUAUAUGAACUCGAUAAAUUAUUUAUAAAUUGUAGUAUUUAUUGAAAUGAGAACAGACAACUAUUUUUAAUUAUUACUCAAGUAUUCAGAAAAAUUAAGUUCUCGAUCAAUC